AUGGACUUUCCCGCCGUCCGUUGCGUCUCUGUCGUGGUUCAUUGUACCUAUCAACCAGAGAACUUAGAUACUUCGAUCACGGCGCAAGAAUUAGAGACAUCCCAAUCACGGGUUGAAGAUGUCGGAUGGCAGUCGAGCUUCCAUAGACAUUUGUUGACCAUGAGAGUUCACCGCCCACACCCGGAGUCCAAUUGCACCCCACUGGCCAUCGAUAACUUCCCUAAAGACUUAUUCCAUCAGCGCGAUCGACAGCGAGGUGCCGUUAUUCUGCAUAUUAUCGGUGCGACAUACAUGUUUCUUGCACUCGCUAUCUUAUGUGACGACUACUUUAUUCCUUGUUUGGAGAGAAUUUGUGAAGUUUUGAAUCUGCAGCCUGAUGUUGCCGGAGCAACUUUUAUGGCGGCCGGAAGCUCAGCCCCCGAAUUGGCCACAACGCUUGUUGGAGUUUUCAUCGCGAAGGACGACAUCGGGCUUGGCGCGGUCGUGGGUUCCGCAGACUUCAAUAUCAUGCUAGUCGUUAGCGUGACUGCUCUGUUUGCAAAAGAGAUCAUUUACUUGAAUUGGUGGCCUUUGGUUCGAGACUGCACAUUCUAUCUGCUCUCCAUUAUCGUCCUUGCUUUGGUGAUCCUCGACGAGUACGUAUACUGGUACGAAGCACUUAUUUUUCUCAUUCUGUACGGUGUCUACGUUGCAUUCAUGUACGUGAACCCGAAACUCGAUGCAUUCCUCAACCUCUGGUGUCGCCAGCACCCGAACUUCUGCCCUCGUGUGCAUCAUACGGAAGCCGAACAGCAGCAAAGCGUGCAGCAACACAGAGGAGGCUUUGCGCAUACUAAUAUUGCUUGUGAGGACGAACAACCUGUUAUUGGGCAAUCAAAGUACGAACGCCUAACAGACAUAGAAAAACAGGGCGACGUGGCAACAGAGCGAUCCUCGUGUACACCAGUGUGCCCGUACUUACCUCAGUGUUCGGUCGCUCCUAAACUUUCCCGACCUUUUCUACAGUCCGCUGCUCGAAUAGGCCAAGUCUCACAGCCAUACAACAAUCACCCUUUUGGCAAUAUUAUUAAAGCUACACAGCCGUUUGAACGCGUCAGCAUAGAUUUUAAAGGCCCACUUCCAUCAACCUCCCACAACAAAUACCUUCUAACAAUGAUCGACGAGUACUCCCGUUUCCCAUUCGCCUUCGCGUGUACGGAUGUGUCCUCAUCCACCGUGAUCAAGUGUUUUAAUCAGUUGUUCUCUUUGUUCGGAAUGCCCUCAUACGUCCAUUCUGAUCGUGGUGGAGCUUUCAUGUCAGGUGAAGUACAAACGUUUCUUCACGACAGGGGUGUAGCAACCAGUCGAACUACCCCAUACAAUCCGCGCGGUAACGGACAAGUCGAACGGCUUAAUGGUACUCUUUGGAAGUCUAUCACUCUGGCAUUGAAGACCCAACAAAGGGACAUUACCGAGUGGGAAUGCCUCUCCCUGGAUUUGGACGAACCAAUGGGCGGGCCCAAGAGAGUAGUGGACAUUAUGAAGGCCGCCAAUGAUUCCACGUCCGAUUUGGAGACACAAAUCUGCGACCCGGAAGAAUCUUGGUUCGAUACAUGUUUCGCUCCACUACGUCUACCAAAGUCCCAAGGGGUCCGAGCAAAAUUUCGCUUCUUUUACGCCUUGUCUAUCUGGCCUUUGCGGUUUUUGUUAUGUCUCACCGUACCCGACGUUCGAAAAGCGAAAUGGCGUCGCAGCUCACUAUCACACUGGAUCUCGUUUGUAAUGUGCUGUGUAUGGAUCGGACUGUUCACUAUAGUCAUGAUGUGGAUGAUUUCCAUCAUAGGCGUAACCUUCCACAUUCCUGAUACGAUCAUGGGACUGACAUUCAUCGCGGCUGGUUCCAGCGUGCCCGAUGCCAUCGCAAGUAUAUUGGUUGUACGGGAAGGCGAAGGCGAUAUGGCCGUGUCGAAUGCAGUUGGCAGCAAUGUGUUUGAUAUUCUCGUUUGUAUGGGGUUGCCGUGGUUCCUCAAAUGUCUGAUCGCUGGAGCACCCGUGAUAAUAUACUCUAAAGGACUGGUCUAUGCUGUCCUUACACUUUUCACAACUGUGCUGUUCUUGCUUGGCGUCACGCACCUGAACCGUUGGCGACUGACCAAGCCCUAUGGGCUCGUUCUUCUUCUGGGAUACUUUGUAGUUCUCGUGUUCUGCAGCUGCUAUGAACUCAAUCUGUUCGGCACAGUCCAUCUCCCUGAAUGCCCCCUGACCGAAUGAAGAUGGGCUCGUCCCUUGGGUUUUGGAUAACAGCGUUUUCAGAAUACCAUGACGAUGAGUUUGAAACUGCCCACUAGCAUUGUCACGAACAAAAAAAUCUACAGUACUAUACACUCCAAUCAAGUAACAUGAACUCAUUACUGUUACUCUGUUUGCUCCCGAACCCGUUUUAUGAUUUCUAUUUAUCACCAUCUGCCCCACAGCUUGCUUCUCUUGCAUUCGCAUUAUCUUACCAUUCAGAGACAGUGGUUUCAUGCACCUAAUAUUUAUCUUACUACUUCUUAUUCAGACCUUGUGUGUUCAGAUUGUUUGUAGUCACUUUCCUCCAGUUUUUUGAGGCCGCAGUUCGGAGUAUUCGGAAUUUUGUUAGGCCUCCGCUUGUCUUGAACAAUAAAACCGGUGCUCGUCCCAGACAGCCUAACCGUUGAUCUGGGUUACUGGUAGAUUUCUGCACUCAGUACUGGAUUGUACUUCAUGCCAAAAAACGACCGCACUGUCAUUUAUGGACAUGGAAAUUCGGUUUUUAAUAGGCUGCAACUUCUUGGCAGUGGACCAGUUUAUGCUAUGCUACGCGGUUGAGUUGCAUCUCCGAACUGGUCACUUUUCUUACUUGGCUCGGUCGCCCAUUACUGGGGCUUCGAGAACCUUGGUCGACGGCAGCACACAAAUGCUGAAGCUAAACUGCUUGGGGACGUCAAUGAGUCGUUGUACUGCCUAAAUAUCAAUUUCCACUUAGGGUAUUGUGACAACAAUGCGGCAAGCGGAUGGAUCUAGAGUUAAAUAUAACCACCUCCGUUUUUGAGCAGAAAUAACAUCCAUUGAUUCAGCAAUCACCCACAAGGGCUGAUAUCAACCAGCUUACGUGUAGGAAGGAGCUGAUGGAAUUUGAUUGUUCUGGGUGAC